AUGGUAUCACAUCAAGAAACGGCGAGUUGUAAUGUAAAACAAGAUGUUCAGUUGACCAAGGCUGAAAAGAGAAAACGACGGAGGGCUACGCCAAAGUAUCGAUGUCUACAUGCUACACGGGAACGGUAGGAGUGUUUUCGUGGAUUUGGAUUUGAUUUUGGUUAGGUUUAGGUAUUUGAAACAUGUUUUCUUAAGUUUUAAAGCUCAAAACUGAUGUUACUCAAGCUUUGAGCUUUUAUGUAAAACUACUUUCAAAAUUCCAAAAAUCCCUUUUUAACUUAAAGAAUGUCCAGUUUAAUCAACUAACCAUAUACUCUUUACAACACUCAAUUGCAACAUAAUGAAAGCAAUUUGAGUGACCGGUUUAGUUAAUCCGUGCUUAUAAGCAUGUGUAAUGACUUCUUUCUCUUCCCGCAAAGUGACCGGCUGGCCUUAUGUUACACUUACUUUGCAAACCAUUUGAUAUUGUUAAUUAUGGGCUCGAUAAAAAGUAAUGUGUCAAAAGUCGGAGGCCAGCCUGUUUUCACACUUUUUUCUUGGCCUUAAUAAGCUGAAAUUGUGGUUGGAAAGGUGUAAAAACAAGUAUUACUAAAAAUGGCGGGGUUCUGGAGAGGUUUUUAUGAAGAUGUAUGUGUAUUUGUGGUCAUAUAGGAUAAAUUUGUAUAUAUGGGUGUAUGGAGGAUAUUUUUAUGAAUAGGAUUUGUUUUUAUGUAGGUAUUAGUUUUGGAAUAAGGAAUUCGUAAAGGAUUUUAGGUAUUUGUGGGGCAGGAAUGAGUUUUUUUUUCUGGCAGGGGGGGGGGUUCAAUUUUUUUUCGUUUUACCCCUCCUUUCGUUCCAGAACAAAAAGUCAAAUUUUUUACCCGCGGCCUCAUAAAUUAUCAUCCCGUGUAGUAUUUGAAGUGGAUUUAAAAAAAUUUCAUAAGGUAUUACAGCCAAACUAUUAUAUUACUGUAACUUAUAAAUCCAUAAAGAUAACCACUUUGUUACGCAAUAAAGCGUAGUGGUUUUCUAAUCCUUAAUGAACAUUGUUGGUCAUAAGGGAACGUUUCAAUUAUUGUCUUUCAUAAUGUGAGCAGUAGAAGAUAAUCUUCUUGUUAAUAUAGGUAUUAACACAUAUGUUAUUGCAAAGGCAUUAUUGGUUUAGCUUGGGUUUUAAACGUAGAGCUGGGCUUAUAUGUGUUGGUUAGGUACAGUAAUUUUUUUUGUGUUUGAUAUUGGUAGCAUACUGUAUUGAAAUUUUUAAGGGUGAGGGAGGUUUUACUGUAAUUCAAGUUGUAAAAUUAUUUAAGUUUUUUACAGUAUACAAACUUUUUAUUUACUAUUUGUUAGUUAUGCAUAUUAUUUCAGAAUCCGAGUAGAAGCCUUCAACAGUGCGUUCAACGAGCUCCGUAGCCUCAUCCCAACCUUGCCGCAGAACAAAAAAUUGUCCAAAAUCGAGAUUCUGCGACUCUCCAUUUCGUACAUAACAUUUUUGAAUUAUUUACUGUCGUUAUGA